AUGGCCCUGGUUCUGCAGCUACUGCCUCUGCUGCUUUCGAGGGCCCACGGGGACCCGGGGGCAUCUCUGGAUGGACGCCCUGGAGACCGGGUGAAUCUUUCCUGCGUGGGGAUCUCACACCCCAUCCGCUGGGCUUGGGCGCCUAGUUUCCCAGCUUGCAAAGGUCUGUCCAAGGGACGUCGCCCGAUCCUGUGGGCAUCGUCCAGUGGGAUCCCCACUGUGCCUCCACUCCUGCCCUUCGCUGGCCGCCUACGCUCUCUGGACCCUGGUAUCCGGCGGCUGGAGCUGCUCUUGAGUGCGGGGGACUCGGGCACAUUUUUCUGCAGGGGACGCCAUGAGGACGAGAGUCGUACGGUGCUUCACGUGCUGGGCGAUAGGGCAGAUUGCAGAGCCCAGGGGCCUACGAACGGGUCGCUGUAUCCCCAAGUCCUGGUCCCGUUGCUGGGCGCUGGUCUGGUGCUAGGACUGGGAGCGUUGGGCGUGGUCUGGUGGUUUCGCAGGCGCUCGCCCCCGCCUCCGCUUCCACCACUCCCCACAUUUGCUCCUUUGAUGAAAGCCGAGCCCCACAGACCCAUGGAGGAGGAGGAGCCCAAGAUUCCAGGGGACCUGGACCAGGAGCCGAGCCUGCUCUACGCUGAUCUGGACCAUAGAGCCCUCAGGAGACCCCGCCGGCUGUCCACAGUAGUCCCUGCUGAUGCAUCCACUAUCUAUGCAGUUGUAGUUUGAAGGGAAGCCCUCACUCCAAAUC